GGCUUUAAAUUAUAAGCCGUUGUAAGCCUAAAUCCUCCAUGUCAGUUAACCAAUGAUAUUAGUCCAUUAGACAUUAUUCAACACCCUUCGGUCCCUUCCACCCUUCAUAAUCCAUUGACACCAUUUUACCCCACCAUCCACCAAAACAGGAAGCUCGAAAGUUUAUAUCCUCACAGGGUACCUCAUGUUCACAAUCAAACCACGAAUCUCAACAAAGUCAAUAUCGACCGUUCUACAGCGUUCAAGACUUACUCGUUUUGUUGGAGAUAUAAACUCCCUGAAAGUAUCCCGUUUUCCGAAAUUUCACCCCUCACCAAUCCGAAUCUCAACUUAUCUCACCCCCGCUAUCCAGUUACACCAAGCUCGAAAAGUAAAAAUGGCUCCUCAACUCGAUGGCUACUUCAAGCAAGUAGAUGAUCUAUCGGAUCACUUUAUCGAGAGACUUCGCAAAGCAGUUGCUAUUCCGUCUGUGUCGUCCGAGGAAGAACGCAGACCCGAUGUUGUGCGUAUGGGAGAGUUCUUAGCUGAUGAGCUCGCUGCGCUUGGUGCCCAUGUCGAAAAACGACCAUUAGGCAAACAACCAGGAAUGGAGCAUCUGGAUCUUCCUCCUGUAGUUAUUGCACGAUAUGGAAAUGACAAGAAGAAACGCACAAUUCUCGUAUACGGUCAUUACGACGUACAACCCGCUGGAAAAGAAGAUGGGUGGGCCACAGAACCAUUCGAGCUUACUGUCGAUGAUAAAGGAAGAAUGUAUGGCAGAGGAAGUACGGAUGAUAAGGGUCCAGUUCUUGGUUGGCUCAACGCAAUUGAAGCCCAUCAGAAGGCUGGUGUUGACUUCCCCGUCAACCUCUUGAUGUGCUUUGAAGGAAUGGAAGAAUAUGGUUCAGAAGGCUUGGAUGACUUCAUUAAGGAAGAGGCCGAUAAAUUUUUCGCGGAUACAGAUGCUGUUUGUAUUUCUGAUAACUACUGGCUUGGUACCGAAAAGCCAUGCCUUACUUAUGGUCUCCGCGGUUGCAGUUAUUAUUCCAUUGAAAUUUCGGGUCCCGGGCAAGAUCUCCACAGUGGAGUAUUUGGAGGCACAGCUCAAGAGCCAAUGACCGAUUUGGUCAGGGUACUUGGCAACUUGGUAGACACAAAUGGCAAGAUUCAGAUACCAGGCUUGGCUGAACUUGUCGCUCCUCUUACAGAUGAGGAGAAAUCCCUUUAUGGUGAUAUUGCAUUCACUAUGGACAAUCUCCAUGAAUCAUUGGGUAGUCAGACCACCAUUCAUAACGACAAGGAGAACACCCUUAUGGCCCGCUGGAGAUAUCCAUCGUUGUCAGUUCACGGUAUUGAAGGUGCAUUUUCUCAGCCAGGUGCCAAGACAGUUAUCCCCGCCAAAGUCAUCGGAAAGUUCUCGAUUCGAACUGUUCCAAACAUGGAGCCCGAGGAUGUGGAUCGACUCGUCUUCAAGUAUGUUGAUGAGCAAUUCAAGAAGCUUGGUAGCAAGAAUACUAUGCGAUGCUACUUGCAGCAUGCUGGUAAGUGGUGGGUCGCUAGUCCAAAGCACUGGAACUUUUCGAGCGCUGCAAAGGCUGUUGAGAGAGUUUGGGGUGUUAAGCCUGAUUUGACUCGUGAGGGAGGAAGUAUUCCCGUCACCUUAACUUUCGAGCAGGCCACUGGCAAGAAUGUCCUCCUUUUACCUAUGGGUAGUUCUACAGAUGCAGCUCAUUCGAUCAACGAGAAAUUGGACAAGAGAAAUUAUAUUGAGGGCAUCAAGUUGUUGGGCGCAUAUUUGCAUUAUGUGGCCGAGGAACCAAUGGUUGAGCAAUAAGAAGCGAUACCCGAGCGAACGCUUUUACAAUGGCUAUUUAUUUCAAUGGGAAGUUUGGUAGUCUCGAUGAUAUCUUUUGAGUUUUAUGCAUCUUCAUUUUAUCAUAGUACUGGCAUGAGCUGAAUGAAUUUAUUUUACUCGAUGCA